AUGCCGGAGCAGAAAAGAGGAGAAGCCCAUGCUGAACAAACAGUCGAAGACUUGUCAAAGGGGACUAUCAACAUCAAGUAUCUGAUUUCACAAGAAUUUGCCAUGGCAGACUACAACCCGGCCAACUUUGCCAACCGGCCGCAGGAGGAGGUCGAGGAGAUUGCCAGGAAGGGCGGCCAAAGCAGCCACAGCAGCGGCUUCGCCAGCAUGGACCCUGACAAGCAGCGUGACAUCUCGUCCAAGGGUGGAAAAGCAUCCGGCGGGUCCUUCGAGCCCGGAAGCGAGCGAGCCAGGGAGGCCGGGCGGAAGGGUGGAAAAGUCGCAGGAGGCGGCAGCAGGAUGGUCGACGAGGACGAGGAGGACCUCUUGCAGGCCGAGGACUAG